AAAAUAAAUCUACGGUUCAACAAAACUUGUCUGGUAGGAUUUCGGUCGGGACAUUGCACGUGAAUUCAACGUCUCUAAAUUUCUACUCUUUUGUCUCUUCUAUUUUUAUAACUUCUCUUUCACACCAUCCAAAUUCCAAAACCAAAGGAAAAAAAACAACUCCACAUUCUUUCUCUUUCUCUUCAAGACUCUCUAAAACACCAACAAGAACGCACUUAUAAGUAAUAGAAACUCCAUGGAACCCGAGGCUUCCGGGUCAUUCAGACCCGACCCAGUUCCUUCAUCCCCAUCCACAUCAGCACCACCACAACCAAGCCGUUACGCGUCCCAGAAACGCCGCGAUUGGAACACGUUUCUACAAUACCUAAGAGAUCACAAACCGCCUCUAACGCUAACGCGGUGCAGCGGCGCGCACGUCCUCGAGUUCCUCAAGUACCUCGACCAGUUCGGAAAAACCAAAGUCCACGUGGCGACAUGUCCUUUCUUCGGCCAACCGGACCCACCAUCUUCUUGCGCUUGUCCGCACAAGCAAGCUUGGGGAUCUUUUGACGCGUUGAUCGGACGGCUUAGAGCCGCUUACGAGGAAAACGGUGGACGGCCGGAUCGGAAUCCGUUUGCUGAACGCGCCGUUAGGAUUUACCUGAGGGAAGUCAAAGAGAGUCAAGCUAAGGCUCGUGGGAUUCCUUAUGAUAAAAAGAAACGGAAACGUAAACCCACCGUUAGAUUGGAUGUGGACUUAACGAGUGAAAUCGUCGCCGGAGACGGGAGUAAUAGUAACGGUGAUUCUCCGGCUGCCUCCGGAGCCGUACGUCUUCUAGGUUAAAGUAAUUAUUUUGCUUAUCAUAUUUACUUUGCUUGUCUAUCUCUUUAUCUCUAGUCUCUGUAUUAUAUUUAUGUUAUGCAUAUAAUCUAUCUUUCUGUCUUGUUUUU